AUGACUCACUAUAUCUGCUAUGCAGUCGACUGGGAGCACCCCUCUGAUUCCAAGCAAGGGAAGGACUAUGUUCGCCUCCUCGCACGCCUGCGGGAAGUGUUACCCGCUCCACGAUAUGUCCUUACCACCGCUCUCCCUGCUGGCCAGUGGGCAUUGCGGAACAUUGACCUUGCUGCGGCACAAAAGCAUCUUGACAUGAUCAAUCUCAUGACCUAUGAUUUCGCUGGACCAUGGGAAUCCGAGACGGGCCACCAGGCCCAGCUUUAUGGCUCAGGCAUAUCUGGUGAUUCUGCAGUUUCUUACGUCAUGAGACAAGGAGUGUCCCCUAGAAAGAUCAUUUUAGGUGUUCCGGUUUACGGACGAUCCUUCCUGGGUAGCAAUGGCCCUGGUCAGCGGUAUACUGGAAGCGGUGGCGAGGAUGGCGUUUUUGACUAUCGCGAUCUGCCGCGACCGGGCACACAGGAGUACCAUGACCGGAACAUUGGUGCAUCAUUCUGUGUUGGAGCUGAUGGAGGGUUCGUCACAUAUGAUACCCCCGAAACAGUAAAACAGAAGGCGGAAUUCGUGACCUCGUCAAAACUGGGUGGCCUGUUCUACUGGCAUGUCUGCUCGGACGCCCGAGGACCGCGCAGCUUGGUUGAGACGGGAUACAACACACUGCACGAUAUGUGA